UCAGAUAAACACACUAGGAGCACUCAAGCUACAGCAAAGGCUACAAGGUGUUGUAGUCAUACCAAACAGCAAGUCAGCGGUAUAAAACAGCAUACUCAAGGCCGUUAAUGAUGGAUGCUAGUCUGACGGACUCUUUUGAAGUAAACUGGAAGCAAACUGAAGGAACUGGUGGUGGUGAGGAUUCAUUGCUAAGCGAUCUGCUUGUAUCAGGAGGAGAAAUAGAGGGAAUGUUUCAGCAGAAGAGAAAACAAGAGAAGGACAAGAAAGCAAACAAGAAGAGUGGUUCGAAUGGCCUAAAAGAUCCAGUGAUUGUCCUCAAAGACAGGCUCUCCAUCUACAAUGACAAGAAGGAUAAGAAGUACUGGCUCACACUCAAUGAAGAGGAUCUCACUUACAGCGGACUUAUUGCUUUCCAUUACAACAAUGGCUACCAGAUCCUUUUGGAGGACGUUAAAGUUAAAAACACGGACAAUGCCUCAAGUCUAAUUCCUAUACUCCUCUCCCACUUUCUGCCUCAGUCGGAGCUAGUGGCCACACAAGCUGAAACGAGCAGUAGCUAUAUUGUAUUAACACAAGGAGGAAUUGAGAGAGAAUUAGACAGAGCAGAAAAGCCACUAGAAGUUGCUCUAGACUGCUCCAUCAAAGGACUCCUUUUUCCUACCUUCACUCUAAAGACCUCAAUCUCUCUAUUACUCCAACUCCCAAACACUCCACAACACUUACGUAAGAAACUCUCCUCCUCCUCUCUAGCUACUAGCUCUCACUCAAGUCUCGGUCAUGUAUCAUCAGAAGGGAGUGAGUCCCCACGAGUCACUGAAGCUAAAAUGAUCCCAAUGAAUGAUGAGACACAGUAUACUCACAGUAAUAACAACAGUGGUACUAGUACUUCGUAUUCAUCAAUGACACAUCCUCCAAGAGGAGGAGGAGGAGGAGGGGCAUCUCGGUCUCUCUUCAAGUCUCGUACUCAAGCUAAUAACUCAAAGCAAAAAACUCUAGAGUUGACUAGUGCCAAGGUCAGUGAUAGCUCUUUAAACUCGCCAGUAGGUACUCCGACAAGUCUUGUUCCAGACAAGCGCUCAAAAUCUAAAAUGGGGAAUUUUGUGGAGGGAGUUGCUCGUUCAUUUAAAUCAAAACGAAAGCCAAGACCAACUUCAAUAUAUCCUGAGAAUGCAGGUCAGGUGGUCAGUCUGAGAGGGACCAACAGCUCUGCUGUGUUACCAGCUGGUACACAACAAGCAGAGAGACGAUUCACCAUGCCAACAGUACUCCACAUACACUAUUCAAAUGCUAAGAAUGCCCAGCUGUACAAGAGCGUCCUCGUUUCUGAGAAAUCCUCUACUCAAGAGGUCAUCAAGCAGGCGUUGGACAGGUACGGGAUGAAAUUUGCUGACCCAACUGAGUUCCUGCUAAUGGAAGUGACUGGACGCUGGGAAACCAUGGCAUCAAAUUCACUGGAGACUGGGCUAGAGCAAGGACUAGGUGCUCUUGUGACCCCACUAAGUCCUGGGAACCCUGCCAAUGCGAAGACUAUAUCAAUGCCAGCUUUUGAAGAGUUUAUCAUAUGUCACACGAGAGCUCUGACAGAAAACGAGCGACCGUACAACGUUCAGUUCUACCACCAACCACCCCCGGGCCACACGAGACGAUUUGAAUUGAAAUCGAAAUAUGAUGAAGAAGAGUUAGAGGAAGAGGAAGAAACAGGCGAAGAAGACAAGCAUUUAUUAAACAAGGAAUUGCCAGGCUCUGUUCCAACCACACCUCUAUUCGGGAGCACAUCUCACCACAAGACAAAGAAAGAGAACAGAUUAGGUAGUGAAGACACUCUCUCAUACUUGACCACUUCAAUAUUAAAAGAUGAUAAUGAGAGAGAUGAGACAAUUUUCUCUGCAUCACUUCCGUCACUUUCAUUUUUGGACUGCACUUCUCCUGAUUAUGCACUUGAGCCUCAGGCGGCACAGAAUGACUCGCAAUCUCAGACGCCCUCGCUCGUUAAUUUACGAUUAAACUAUAACAAGGACGAAUUGAUUGUUUACUCACUUACACACAAUAAGUUCGCCCUCACAACAAGCGAGCAUGUUAUUACGACGCUCCAAGACCACCACCAAAUCAAACUAAAUGUCACAAGAGGUGGACCGAUCCUCUGCUGCCUUCAGUACAAUACUAGAGAGCAUAAUUAUAAUGUAGAGCCUUACAAUGCUACCAUUAGUGUGAGUGGUGUUAGAGUCAGUGAUAAGGUCACACUACAGCAUGGGGAUCUACUGCAAAUUGGAGACACUCACUUGUUUAUGUAUCAGAAUUUCUCUCAGCAGCAAGCUAGCGGUAAUGGUUGGCCUUUCUCUUGGUAUCCCUCACCAGUCAAGACAACAGGAGCUUCGACAGUAUCCACUUCAAAGAUAGGAGAACUGAGGGACACUGAGACUAGCCAUAUCCAUCCAAUCUUACCCCAAAUAAUAACAACUCCAGUUCACGAAACAACAGUGGCAGAGCCCCAAUCUGCUGUGCCUGAUUCCUGCGUUACAGUAGGAGAGCAGAGAUAUGAAGAGAGAUACGACUUUAAUAAUAGGAAGCCUCUACCUACUCUGAGAGAGAUUGAGCACAGUGAUGAAGAGGAGUCACACGAUGAGCCUGAUGGACGGCCCAGUUACCAAAGGGCCAGGAGCUACUCUGAGGGUCAAGUCAAGGCAAUGUUGUCUCCUUCUGGUAGCCCUAGUCGUCGAAACAACAAACCAUCUUCCUCUUCUUUCUUUGUAAGACAUCAAAGGGGCACUGCUUCACCUAAAAACAGACCCUCCAGCUGCUAUUCUCUUUUAUUUCAUCACUUGUCGUCAAACGAGGACUCUAUUCUUGAUCUCAUCAUAAAUGAGUUUCAACCAAAGUCAGUUCCUGGUUUCCCUCUUGCUCCCACGUACACACUGGCACUGUGUCUGGAGCAGUAUCUGAGAGAAGAGGACGGGAAGAAGAAGGCCAGUAGUCUCAUGCGUAAAGUAGUUCUCUCUCUCCAACAUGUUGUCUGUGAUAUUACUAAUGAAUCAUUAUGGCAAGCAACAACCGAAGAAGAUAUGUUAAAUACCAAUCCAUUGGCUGCCAUCCAGCCACUCCUUCAUUCCGUAUUGUUUUGGUUCUCAAACUGCCUCGAGGUUUAUAACUAUUUUCUAACACAAGAGACCCUAAAGGACAUAUUGUUUGGCGAUGAGGAGGAAGAGGAGAGCCCACUGACUCUUCUAGAGACAAUGAUACAUAAACUAUUUGAGCAAAUAUUCUAUCCAGUCAGCAAGAUAUUAUACUCUAUCUUACCUAUGAUGCUUGAUGAAGUCCUCCAUCAUAGUGGUCCCUCUGGAGUUCCAUUGGUUUCAGUGGAUCAGUCCAUCAGUUGCUUAAAGGAGGUCCUUGAUAUGAUGCUUGAGCUUCAUGUCCACACUGAGAUGAUAGCUCAUUUCUUUUCAAGUGUGUUCUUUUUCCUAAACGCUGCUCUCUUUAACACGUUCAUUGAUCAAGGACCAGAGAUGGGAUUAUUCAAAUACUCUAGAGGAACUAAAUUAAGGAUGAGUCUAGACAGAUUUGAAGGCUGGGCUGGGAUUGUUGGGUUCAGGGACAUUGUAUUUCAAUUUCUGGCCACAUUCUCAUCUGCCAUUGACCUCAUAGCAAUAUCACCUCAUGAACUAAUCAAAUUCUCUUGGGAUACACUGAGACAAGAGUUUCCCUGUCUUCAUCCUGUACAGCUGAACCACAUAUUAACUCACUACAUUCUUCCCAAAGGAUUAGAAGGCAACAACAUCCCUUGGGCCCCGUCAGAAGAAGAUUCAAGACAAAUUGAAAACAAAGAAAUGCUUCACGAGUCGUUUGAGUCCCAUCCAGACUUCUACCUUCCGAUCACUGGGUACUCGCUGGAUCUCAACUGUCAACUCCAAGAGGAUCAUUUGUUGCAAGACUUUGCAAUGUCACUUCAAGAAAAACUGAUAAAGAGAAAAAGAACUAGCAGUGUAGAUUCUCCGGCACGUCAUUCCCAGUCUCCAUUAGCUAAAAGGAAGACCUCAAAACCAUCUCUUGAUGUAUCCGAUAUUGUCAGAGACAGUCCGGACUUUUCAAAGUCUCCUCACAGGCAAAAAUCGGCCAAGGUUAAGAAAGUCAGAAGAAGAUCGGCCAACAAAGAAUCUGCUCCGUCUGAACCACCUGGAGAGCUAAGAGGACGAGUAAAAUCAAUUGUAGCAACGAAUAUAAUGAUACUACCAGAGAAACUAACAAUAAUAGCAGCGGACCAGGGGCAGAGAGAAGAAGAGAGAGAAGAUGACUACGAGGACUACGACUUUGAGAAAUGGGUCAAAGAGACUUUCCCUGAAGGCUCAAACCUGAUCAGCUUGCAGAGGAGUCACAGAGGAUUUGGGUUUACCUUAAAAGAGAAAAAGGGAAGGAAAGGAUUAUACCUUGAGAUUGAUGAUACAGAUACACUUGAUGAAAAUUCUGCAGAUAUUAGGACUGGAGACCAAGUGUUGGCAAUUGAUGACCUUGUGGUAGCUGAAACCGACUAUGCCAUGAUAAUGAAGUAUUUUAAAGAAGCAGAGGAAGAGAUAAGUAUUGUACUCGCUCCAUCAAAUCAGCAAUGGAACACACUUUAGAAAGAACAUGUUUAUCUCAAUAUACAAUUCACACACACACUGCAUACAUUGACGGCUCUAAAAUUAUUAUUAUUAUUAUUAUUAUUGUUGGUGACUGGACAAAAAAUGAAUUUUUAUCAUUAUUAUAAUUAUUAAUCAUUGUGUAAUUUAAAUGUAUUGAAU